CUGUUCCUCAUUAGUCGCCGCUAGCAUCAUUCACCUGAAUCUCCAGUUGACAAGGCAUUAGUGUUGACAAGGCAUUAGACUACUCCACAAUAGCUCCCUUCCACACUUGACUCCUCCUAGCUUUAAGAUUCUGGCUUUUAUUUUGAAAGUCAUAGCCGGAUGUUAUGUUGCAGAACCUUUCUGACUUGACAGCGGUGGUGCUUCUGCGGGUGCUGGACGCGGUGGAGCAGCCGGAUAGAAAUCUAUAAAGAUGGCCUCAGCAACAGCAACCUAUGGACAGAAGGAGACUUCGGAUCAAAACUUUGACUAUAUGUUCAAGAUCCUCAUUAUUGGCAACAGCAGCGUGGGCAAAACGUCCUUCUUGUUCCGUUAUGCUGACGACUCCUUCACGCCGGCCUUCGUCAGUACAGUGGGCAUUGACUUCAAGGUGAAGACCAUCUACCGGAAUGACAAGAGGAUCAAACUGCAGAUCUGGGACACAGCAGGUCAGGAGCGUUACCGCACCAUCACCACGGCUUACUACCGAGGAGCCAUGGGCUUCAUCCUCAUGUAUGACAUCACCAACGAGGAAUCGUUCAACGCUGUUCAGGACUGGUCGACUCAGAUUAAAACCUACUCGUGGGACAACGCCCAGGUGCUGCUGGUAGGAAACAAGUGCGACAUGGAGGAUGAGCGAGUGGUGAGUGGAGAGAGAGGCCGGCAGCUGUCUGAACACCUUGGGUUUGAGUUCUUUGAAGCCAGUGCUAAGGACAACAUCAAUGUGAAGCAGACCUUUGAGCGCCUGGUCGACAUCAUCUGUGAAAAGAUGUCUGAGAACCUGGAUGCUGGAGAUCCUGCCGUCACGGGGGUCAAACAAGGGCCCCAGCUGACAGAGCAGCCUGCUCCACCGCACCAGGACUGUGCAUGUUAAAGCUGACUACUUCCCCCAAACCCUUUUCAUCCCUCUUCCUCCUUCUUCUCCUUCAGCUGGAUCCCGGGGCCUCAGGUCCAAACUCCAUCACCCUUUUCACUUUCUCUCCUGCUUCUUUCUGUAACCUAGUAAGGAUCAGUGGCUGAUGGUCACAAGAACCAGGUUGAAAAGUGCCUGAAAUGCUCUGAGAUGCUGGAGGACCAGUGCUUGAGGUGUGUUUGCUUCUAGUUCCUCUACAUAAAGUUGUCUGUUUUUUUCAGGCAAGUUCUGUCAAACUGGAGUGUUUCAGACUCUUUGCAGCCCAGCUUCUUGAAGGCUUCUGACCCAUCUUUUGUUGUUUCCUCAUUCUUCAGUGUAGUUUUACAAGAAGGAUUUGACGGCGUCCAUCCUCUGAGUGCCAUUUAAAUCCUUCAGAUGUUUACAGUGCUUUGUUUCAUGUCAGUUAAAUCUGUUGAAAAGAUGUCAGCCUUGGAUAUGGAGAUCAAGAAAAUCACAGUGGAGUUAUGUGAGUGGGAUUAUCCAGGUGAAAGCUGCUCCAUACCAGUACCUGUUAUGUUUCUUAUAUGAUUCUGGACUCAGCAGAAUCAAACAUACAUGUACAGUAUCUGUGUGACUUUUUGUUGGUAUGGAUACUACAAGUAUUAGCAAAUAUUUUGUUAUUCAUUAUUCAUCGGAGCCUUUUCAUUUGGCCUUUUUUUUAAACUGUAUUUGUUUCUUCAUCACUUUGUUUUGUAUGCCCCAUUUAUUCUUUUAAUACAUGAAACACUGGGAAGGGGAGAAUAUGAAAAAGACAAAACUAGGUUAAAAAAAAAGCAAAAAACAAAGAAACACAUUUUAUUUACUUUUGAUAUUUAUUUGAAAUGUACAUAUUUUGUGCAAUAUAUAAUAUCUACAGGUAUGCAUUUCUGGAAAUGAAGUUUAAAAGAAAUUAAUUUCUAUGAAUAUAGUAUCAAAUAUAAAAGAUCUAUGCGGUCAGGUUUUCUUUGGAAGAGGUGUGGAAUCAUUUGCACCAGUGGCACCUCCUCCAUGAGUCGCUUCAUGUCCCUGUUGGUUUGGUGUCAUGCUGCUUUCCAGAGAUGCUGCAAAGUCUGAAAUUCACACUUCCUGGGGGAAAAAAGCUGUGGAAUGGCCCUUUAAAUGCAAAUUGCAAACCAGCUACUUAACAUGUUUAUCAUCCACCUGAAUCCACUCACUGCUGCUCAUGAAGUGUAACACCUUGGCACUCGCUAGAGAAACUUUGCACUGCAUCAAGUCAGACAGUGAGUGUAGUGAAGCUGACAUCAGAAGGUUUUAAGCCUUCUGAAAGCCAGAUUUAGCAAUAAAAUUGUAAUUAGGGUGGCAAAUGUUCUGAUGCUCCCAGUCCCAGCAGCCUCAACAUGGUAAUGUCCCUGCUGUCACUGACAAUGUAAAAAUAAAAAGAUAACACUGAGAUUAUCUGACAUGUGCAUUGUCCAACACAGUUCAGUUGUACUUGCUAACAGUGCUACACGCUGACAUUACAGUAUUUUAUCAGAUCAGGCAGAGAAGAUCCUGCAAUUACACAAUCUGUUUUUGUUUCUGAGAAAGACCACUGUAUAGCAUGAAGGCUAAAGCUAUAUGAGACUUGACUGUUUAGUAUUCAUCUCCCUGAUAGUCAUAGCUUUACCAAAUAUCAAAUAUCCCUGUAACAAUGGUUAUUCAAACUUUUUUCUCUGAAAAAAAGGUUGAAAUGUCUUUGGAGAGUGCAAACAAUGUUAUACUGUUAGAUUUUUAGGUUUGUCUUAAUAUGAUAGUUUGAGCCUAGUGAGUGAAAGAAAACACAAAGAGAGAAAAGAACAACACUGAAACUACCACAACAAUGGCAGUUUUUAAAAAUUCUAAAUAAAUCAAAACUAGAGGCACUUUGAUUGACUCCAAUAGUCAUUGUACAAGGGUUUGUCUUCCUGGUGUUAAGACCUCAGAGAGCGAAAAUCAUACUGACACACAGUCCAGGAUGGUGGAAUUUAAAUCUAGUUUGCAUUGAUUGGAUUCAGUGUGGUACUGUGUGUUUGCAGCUUACUGUAAGUGUCUUUCGUAUGGCUAAUGGCAUUUUUUGAGAGUCUGAGAGACAUUGUUUUAUCUCUGAGCAAAAGAGAAAAUGUGUCAAAUUGCACACUGACUUUCAGUGCUUCUCUGUUUAAUGACAAACUCUGCUCAUAAUAAGACUUCUUCAGAAUCAGCAUUACAGAGCAGCUUUAUUAGAUGCUGGUGAACUCUUGUGUGGAUGUCAGUGUCUGAUAGUGUGUAACAUUAUUGAUGCUCAGUCUUCAGGUGACCUAUGGACACUGCCGAUUCAUGUCAAACAAGCAUCAAACACCUGGAGGCUUAAAGGUUCACAGACCAGGCAGCUGCUGAGUUUCUAACACUUGUUUUGAGCCAGUGCAUGUGUUAAAUAUUCUGCUCUGAGGUUUCCUUGGUUCGAGCAACAUUGUGUCACCACACCACAUUUCUAUCAGGAAGUAUUGAUGUAGUUGUUUUGAUACAGUUUCCACAGUUAAAACUGGUUUGCAAGGCAUUCCUUCUUUUCACUUCACCAAAGAUUGCUGUAGAAGCAGCUGCCUGUUUUUGCUGUAGGAUGCCAGACAGAGCACCGUGACCAAUUUUAAAAGUUUGAAAUUGUAAAUAAUAAUCAGUAGAGCUUUGUGGUUUGAUGUGAACCCUCCCCAUUCAAACAUAAACUCAUGUCAUUUUUAUUCAAGGCUUGCUAGUGUGCAGUGCAAUUGUAACAUUUCACAUGUUGUUGUUUCAAGUUAAAGAAGAUGAGAUUCGUGGACUGAGAGGGUAAAUCAAAAUUAUGGACUUCAUAAAGUCUGCAACUGAUUAUUUGAAUCAAAAAACAAUUUAUUUUUUGAGUAACUGUUGCAUGAGUUAACUGCCAAGUGUAGCAUACAACCUGAAAUUACAGAUGACUGUUACUGUUAAAUAUAAUGACAUAAAAUGAGCCCCCAGUCAAAAUGUCCCAGAAAAGUAGUGAUGCAAUCAUCUAGUAUCAAGAAAGGAAGGAAAUAGAGAUUUGGACAGGAAUUAUCAUUACAACCCUGAGAGAUAUUCUACUUCCUACUGAUUGUGACUGUUUAUUUUCUGGUAAAACCAAACUUUUAAAUGGUUGUCCUUUCCAAUAUGUCUUCCUGUCAGUAUAAACCAGAUCUGUAAAUACUGUACCUUUGAAUCCUAUAUGUGAGUUGUGUUGUAUUGAUUCAGGCUUGCAACAAAAAAAAAAGAGGAAAAAAGAUGAAAAGCCCUGAAAAUCCCAAAAGAGCCAUGUUGUAUGUAUAUGCUUUUAUUUCAGGCCUGCUUG